AUGGCUGUUUUUCUACCAAUCUCCUACCUCGACGGAGUGAAGCCGUUCAAAACCGGCUGGCGUGUUGAAGUCAAAGUCCUGCAUACAUGGAAACAAUACAGUAGGAUGAGUGGAGAAACACUUGAAGUCAUUUUAGCUGAUCAAAAGGGACAAAAGAUCUAUGCUUCAGUUAAAAAGGAUCAUGUUAAAACAUUUGAGAAAAACUUACGUGAAGAUGAAGAAAUGGUCUAUCUAAGUGCCAAUAGUAUAGAUCCAACAGAUAUAGCAUCAACGAAAAAUCCUGUUUUCACUCCCGAUUUCUUGAACAGUACUAGGGUUUCUGGAUUACCAAAGCAUUGUCUACGUCUCAAGAUCGGUACUCCUGUUAUGUUCCUCAGAAACUUAGAUCCUAAAGGAGGGUUAUGCAAUGGCACAAAACUACAGAUUACACAGAUGGCGAGGAAAGAGUUUAUUUAA